AUGGAAGACACCAUCCUCGACAUCGUGGACCUCCUCGAUUCCACCGAGCUCACCGACGUGGUCCACGGCAUCGACCAGUUGGACUUGCUUCUUUCGCAGCUCCUUCCCCAGAUCGUGGCCAUGCACAAACGAGGCACCGUCACCAGCACCAAUAGCGGCAUUCCCGACUCAAAGUCGCUUGCAACCUUCGUGGCUCUCCAGGACAACUUCCAGUACAACUUGGCCCAUUACCUCAUCAAUUUCUACAAGUUUCUCGCCAAGGACCCACGCGAGGUGGAUCCCAAAGCCAUUCUCACCUGCAACAGGCUCCUCCAGGGCCUCCUCUUAAUCCACCCUAGCCUGCGAAAGCUCUUCAGCCGUCUGUCCAAUAUGCGUCUCUUGCUCGUGUUGGUGGACCAGGGCACGUUCUCCAUCCAAAUCACCAUCUCGUUCAUCUCGACCCUCAUCCACAUCCUCCUCAAGGACUUGAAGAACUUCCGGAUUUUCGAGGACAACGGUGGAUGUUCCAUCCUCAUCCGCAAGUUCAAGCUCGCGUCGUUCGAUGAGCUUCCCAAGUCGAAUUCCAACAUCAAGGUCUACACCCAGCAAAACUUGAACUUCAAGAUCAUUGAGUUCUUGAUCUUUUAUUUGGUGGAUGAAACGAACUUCAAGAGCACAAUCACCCCCAAGACCGUGGCGGAAAAGUCAGCGUUGUUCAAGGCCGACUUUCCUGAGAUCGAUAGCUUGAUCGAGAACUUGAACGAGUUGAACAAUUUAUGA